GGGGAAAUAAAAACUGCAGACUAUUUCUGUGACCACAUACAUUGUUACCAAAGUGGGCGAUGUUGCCGGACACCGACUGAGGCAGGUGUUGUUGUACAAGACUUCUGAAACGCCCCUCGUUAGCUGCAGAGAGAGGGAGGGAACAGCCAUGAGUCUGCUGUGAUAAUGGAUCGCAAAAGGACAGGCAGGAACAGAAAACAAAGAUCCUGUGACUCUAACAGUGUUGUGGAGUCUGAGUACGACGUGGUGGAUGACCAGGAGGAAGUGCUGCAUAUCCGCAUACUUCCUGCAAAGCCCAUAGAUGAUGAGCAAGACUAUGCAGACAGGGAUCUUCCAUGGUCUUCAUUUGCCCAUAGCCCGUCAUCACUCUCCAGUGGUAACUCCAACAGCCUACCAAGAAAAACCCCACUUACCUCAGUCACAGGGCCUGCUAUAAAUAGAGACCUGAAGCCCGGCAGGAGAAAGACCAGAAUAGAUAAGAGGUCUGCACCUGUGCAGCCAGUAGAACAGCGCUCACACAGAUGCUCUCCGCCUCCUCCAGCGUUGACCUCGGAGUUAGUGAAUCACUUGCCCGGGCUGACUCUACACGAGCCCUGCAGCAGAGAAGGGAAGAGAGCGGCUAAAAAAGCAGAAUUCACUUCACACACCAAAGGUCUACGUGGUGCUGAAGGAGGUCCAUCCCUUCAAACCAAUCAAAGACAUUCUCUGAAUUUGGAAAAUGAUAUAGAAACAAGGUCACAACUAAGUCUAGAAAGGGUGCCAUCAAAACGUCUUCACCAUGAGUGGCCUCAAACUAAAGAAGACCUUGACCAACAUGAAUUUGCUCCAAUGGAAAAGCGUGAACAGACCAGCUGUGAAGAAGACUGGUACGUUGGGGCUUGUACUCGUGCAGAUGCUGAGCACGCCUUACACCUGGUGAACAAGGACGGGGCCUUUUUGGUACGAGACUGCUCCAUCAACACCGACAGCGAGCCGUUGGUGUUGGCCGUGUAUCACGAGAAGAAGGUUUACAAUGUAAAAAUCCGGUUUAUGGAGAGCACCAGCAAGUACGCCCUGGGGACAGGACAACGAUCAAACGAUAUGUUUGACUCUGUGACAGACAUCAUCAAAUUUCACUCCAUAUUCCCAAUCAUACUCAUCAGGGGGAGAAAUAUGACCGGAAGCAAAUUCCCAGAAAACUGUGUGCUGCUGUUUCCGGUAACAAAAAUACAUGUUGACCAGCUGCUGCAAUAAUACAUGGACCAUUCAUAAUCUGUUCAAUCCCGUCUGGUUGUAACUCAAAACAUCCACUGAAGUUCAGCAUGAGGCUGUUGGGAAAAAGUUGUGUGUUGUGGAAAUGUAUCAUAGUCUUCUUGUUUUAUUUGACAUUUGGCCUCACAGUCACUAACACUGUGUUAUCUCACAGUUAUAUAUACAUACACAUGUCUGAUGUCCCUGUUUCUGCUAGCAUUUAAAACGUAAGUAAAAAUAAAAAUAAGACAUAAAGGCUGAUAUAAAUACAAAAGUAAAAAAUACAGGCUGUUAUAAAUACAAAAAUACACUGCAACAUUGAUCACUGUUUUUGGUUUGAAUCCCCCUGCCAUCCCCGAGAGGAGUUGUACAGUCUUAUGACCAGGGGGACAAAAGAGUUCUUGAGCCAUUUGACAGACAGUAAGGCGCCACUUUGACCAUAUUGUCAGGUGAUUAGCUGACGGAUGUUAAGGGUUGUAAUUAACACGUGUGAUGUCUCUGUGCCUUUUGUUCCCAUGUGGUAGACAGAAGUGUGUUUAACCUGAUCCUGCCCGUUCAAUUCUACUGUAUGAAUGACUUGUGUUUCUGUUCACUCAGACACUUUCUGUCCUUUCAGCUGAAAACGAUUGAUUCUGUUGAACACAUCUGACUCUUCAUUAAAUAACAACAAAGCUCUAA